AUGUCUAAACAAGGAGACGAUUGCUACUUCUAUUUCUAUUCUACCUGUACCAAGGGAGACAACUGUUCCUUCCGCCACUGCGAAGCUGCUCUGGGGAACGAGACGGUCUGCACGCUGUGGCAGGAGGGUCGUUGUUUCAGGAAUGUCUGCCGAUUCAGACACAUGGAAAUUGAUAAAAAGCGCAGUGAGAUUCCCUGCUACUGGGAGAACCAGCCAGUAGGCUGUCAGAAAGCCAACUGUGCUUUUCAUCACACAAAGGGACGUUACAUCGAUGGAGUCUUCUUACCACCAAGCAAGACUACACUGCCAAGUCCGCCUGAGUCCGCGGACGAUGAUUUGAAAGUGGCUCAGAUGUCACUGCAGCAAAACAAACUUUCUGUCCAGUCCAAUCCCUCUCCAUAGCUACGGGGGGUGAUGAAAGUGGAAAACUCUGAAAACGUCCCAAGCCCUACACACCCUCCAGUUGUAAUCAAUGCUGCAGAUGAUGAUGAAGAUGAUGAUGACCAGCUUUCUGAGGAAGGAGAAGAAACUAAAACUCCCGUCCAGCAACCAGCUGAGGAAGGCCAAAAUGGAUUACGGAUGAUUUCCACUCGGAAAGCCAGUGCUACUACUGCUAAACAAGAGGACGGUCCGAAUUUUGGAAUAAAAACACUUGAAGAAAUCAAAUGGCAGAAAAUGAAGGAAAAAACUAAGAGACACGGUGAAGGUCCUUCAAGAUCUUCUCUUCCUCCCGUCGAUUCUAUGAUUUUUCCUGCUCCGGAAAAGGAGAAUGUCCGGACAGUGGUGAGAACUGUGACACUGUCUACAGAGAAAGGGGAGGAACCUGUGAUUCGACUAGAUCUUGCUGAGAAACAAGGAAAACGGAAAGCCUCCGUGGCUGAUGUAAGCGCCCUUCCAGUGAAGCGCAGCCUUGCUGAAAGGCUGGGGAAGAAGGUGGAGGUUCUGGGAAAUGCUGACAAAGCACCGAAGAGAGGGAAGGCUGCUAAGCCAAAGGGAGAGAUCCAUGUGAAAACACUGGAGGAAAUCCGUCGUGAGAGAGCUCUUCAGAGACGAGAAACUCAAGCCAAAGCCCAGGCUGAAUGGCAUGGUAAAACCGAAGAUCCCAGCGCAGGGGCAAGACCCGCUCCUGCAGGUCACAUCAAAACUUUCUCUGAAGCCUUGGCUGAAAAAAAGAAUAAUCGCUUGGUAGAAGAGAAGAAAAAAGCAGGAGAGUUCCAUCCCAAGAUAAAAAUUCAGGGUGAGCCCAAGAAGCAGAGUGUGCUCACUCUGUCCGGGCCCAGCAAAGCGCAGUCGAAGGAGCCGGCAGGUAAAGUCAAGCCAGAAGGAGAAGUGCGUGUUAAAACCUUGGAAGAAAUAAAGCGCGAGAAAGCUCUGUGGAUGCAGCAGAGUGGAGGAAAUGUGCCAGCUCCCCCAGCACAACCUGGACCUGCCCCAGCAGGGCAGAAAUGGUUAUGGAACACAAAGCUAACAGCACCUGAAAAAGAAGAAAAGAAGACAGUGGAAUUGAACCGGCCUUUUCCGAAACUUUACUCUGUACCUGAUGUACAGCCCACUCAGCAGAGUGCAACUCGUACUAAAUUUCAAGUGAAGAGCAUCGACGAGAGACUGUGGGAGAAGUGGCAACUGAGAGAACAAGAGAAGCUUCGGAAGGAGGCAGCUGCCGUCCCAUCUACUGCUGGCUUCUUUGCUACUGUACCACUAGGGAAAGAGGCAGCUCAAUUUCAGGAACAGGAAGCUAAGUGUUGA